GUCCGUCGUUUAGAGAGCAUUCGAUUCGUGUCAUCGUGAGCUUGUGUGAUAUUUAUUUCAGGUGGUAUGGAUCGGUGCAGGUGGUGGCAAUAACUUCUCAUCACAGUUCGCGAAAAGUUCAAUAUGGAUCCGGCGUUGUUGAAAGACCGCGAGGCCUUCAAGAAGCGGGCGGUGGCCGUCCCGGUCGUCGAGAACAGGAAGCGGGAAACCACGCCGAAGGAUGUGAAGAAAAGACCCGCGAUCCCCUCGAAAUCCUUCGAGCCUCCUCCACCGAAGGAUCCCUUCAGGUACAAGAGCGUUUCCGGCACGGGGAACUCAUUCUCGGUUCUCGCAAAGAUUGUCAAGUACAUGAAGACGCGUCACCUCGAAGGAGAGACACACGAGCUGAGUCUCGACGAAAUUCUCGAUGAGACUUCCCAGAUGGACGUUGGCACACGCCAAAAGACGUGGCUGGAGCAAGAGGCGCUGAAAUCGAAUCCGAAAAUCGAGGUCACCGAGGACGGAAAGUACAAGUUCAGGCCACCCUAUAACAUUCGAGAUCGAAGAUCGCUAUUCAAACUAUUGGAAAAACACGAUCAGCGAGGCCUCGGAGGCAUACUUCUCGACGACAUCCGAGAAUCCAUGGCGCACGUGGAUGUUGUUUUGAAGAAACUAGAGGACAGCGUACUUUACGUCACGAGGCCAACAGACAAAAAGGUGGUUCUUUUCUACAACGACAAGUCAGUCCAGUUGAAUGUGGAUGAGUAUCUCCAGAAAGUGUUGAGAUCAGUCGCCACGGAUGGCGUCGAUGACGCCAAAAUAGAGGAAUAUCUGAAGAAACGAGGCAUACACUCCAUGCAAGACAACGGCAGUAAGAAAGUCAAUCCGAUUCUCAAGAGGAAACGAGCCGCUCCGAAGAAGGCUCGACAGUACAAGCGUCACAAUGAACAUCUGGGUGAUGUCCUCCAGGAGUACAACGAAGGCUGAUGUAGAUACCUAUACAUUUCGAAAUCUCGAUCGAGAGUUCCAGACUUUGCGACGAAUCGUGUGGAGAAACGAACUCAUUGUUAAAUAAGGAUCCGGGAGAAACCCGUUCAGACUAGGGGGAAAAGUUGAAGCUUUAGCAUUGUGUUUCAUAGGAAAUGAGUAAAUGAAUUGGGUCAUCACGAGGGAACACCGGAUCAGUUGAUGCCCCGCGGAUAGUAAAUACUUGUAAAUAAAAGACAGAUGAA